AUGGGUGAUAAUCUUCCAGUCGAAGAAAUAUUCGACGUAUUAGACGAUGAAGAAAUGAAUGAUAUGGAUGUGCAACUUAUAAAUGGCAACAACGACGAACAGUUUCCCGAAGUGAUGGAAGUGGACAACAAUUUCGAAAGAAUACUCGAUGAAGAGUCAUUCGAUAAAGAACAUAUAUUCGCAGGCGACAGUGAUUAUCAUAGUGACUUUUUAAAUAUAAAUUAUAUCGAACUUCUUCGAUUUCUCCAGAGUGCGAAGAACAUAGUGCUCGGACAUGUACAAAACGCUAUGGAGAGACACGCCAAUCUCAAAAACAUUAAGUUUCCGAUAUCUGUAAAUCAAAUAACAAAAUUCGAACAACAAAACAAUAUAUCAAUCAACGUGUACUGUUUCGAAAAGAAAACGGAAAAGGAAACGAGACAUGUGAUCUUCCCGAUACAUCUCACCAGCUGCAAGAUGGACAAACACAUCAACUUGCUGCACAUUUCGGAUCCUCGAGACCACAACACGGGACAUUUUGCUUGGAUCAAGAACUUAUCCCUGCUCGUGAGCUUGCAGUUGAGCAAUUAUAAAGUCAGAAAAUAUAUUUGCGAUCGAUGUCUGCACUAUUUCCACUCCAACGAGAAGCUAGAGAGUCACACCAUAGACUGCAAAAAAUUAAACGACUGCACCAUUUUGCUACCCAGCGAGGACAAUAAGUGGCUAAGCUUUCGCAAUUACAGCAGGAAGGAGCGAGUUCCAUUUGUGGUAUAUGCCGACCUUGAGUGCAUCUUACAGAAGAUGGUAAGUGAGAAGGAAGAGGAGGGAUGUACAUUGCACGCGUAUCAGCAUCACAAAGUAUUUAGCAUAGCAUAUUACUUGCGUUGUUCAUACAAUAAUUCAUUAUCAUAUUUUCGGAGCCGUCGCGAUACGGAUUGUAUUUCGUGGUUCAUCGAGCAACUCGAAGAGUUAGCGCACCGCGUAAAAGUAAUUUUAUGUACCAAUGCCCCCAUGGAAACUUUGUCGAAGGAACAGUAG